AUGUCUUCGCGACCUCGCAUUCGAGAUCUUGGAUACAGUCCCGGAAGAUUCAAAACUGGGGUCAAAAACUCAUUGCUCGAUGUAGAGGGAGUCGCGGUUGGCCAGAGUACCAUCCAUAGAGGCCAAGACAUACAUACUGGAGUUACCGUGAUCCUUCCCCGCGGUAUCAAAAACACACGCUAUUUGCCCUGCUAUGCAGCAACCCAUGAUCUAAAUGGGAUGGGUGAAAUGACGGGUACCCACGGUCUGACGGAAUGGGGGUUUAUCAGUGGACCAAUUGCUUUGACCAACACAGUCAGUAUAGGCAAAGUAUAUGAUGCCCUAUUUCUGUGGCAAUUAGAGCAAGGAGCUCUGGCCGGGGACAAUGAAGUCGAAGUCAUGCGCCGGGUCAGCAUCCCCGUUGUGGGCGAAACUUUUGACGGCCUCCUCAAUGACAUUAGUGCGUCGGUCAUUGAUAAGCAUGUGGUUUAUGAUGCUAUCGAAGCAUCAAAGACUCAAAGCGAUGUUCUGGAAGGCAAUUACGGUGGAGGCACUGCAAUGAGGUGUCAUGGCUAUAAAGGCGGCACUGGAACUAGUUCUAGGAUUGUUCCGGGGGUAGAUAAAGAUUAUACCCUCGGUGUCCUCGUGCAAGCGAACCAUGGUCAGAAAGAUGAUCUCCGUAUAGGAAACGUACCGGUUGGAGAAUUUCUUGUCAGAGAAGAAGCUCGAGCGGCUGCGGAGGAAAAGGGGACACAGUUUCCUAAGGGAGGAAAAGCGGCUGAAGGAAGUCUCUUGGUCGUUAUCAUUACCGACGCCCCGUUACUCCCACACCAACUGCGUCGUAUUGCGCAACACGCUGGAAUGGGAGUUACCCAGGUCGGCGGUCAUGCUGCAGGACGAAAUUUCUCCGGCGAGAUAUUCCUCGCCCUAUCGACAGGAGCUUCUCCCAAUGAGUUGGCUACAUCCUCAAGCGGCUUCGAUUAUCUGCCUCCUCUCGAAACACAGCCAGUAGAGACACUUAAAAACGAGGUCAUUGAUUCAUUGUUUUAUGCAACUUCGGAAGCGACAGAAGAGGCUAUUUUGAAUGCUAUGUGCAAGGCCGAGCCAUUGACAGGGUACAAGGGACGUUCUCAGGCAGCAUUGCCUGUUGAUCGGGUGAAGGAGUUACUGGAUAAAUAUAUGGUUAAGUUUGAAGAUGAAUGAACCUUGAUCUCAGAUCCGGAACUCCAAAUAUGAUCCGCGACGACAGGAGUCUAUGCCAAUGCCAAUGCCGAAUGUCAAGUUAUCGUUUUCACGUUCGAGACUUUUUUGGCGUCCAAUA